ACCUGUCGCAAUAAAUCAAAAGUUACUAAACUUGAGAAAUGAACUGUCAUCAUCCUUUGUACGGUUUGGAGGAUUAUUCAGCAUUUAUUCACGACGCAUUUACCUGAUUUCUCGCUUAAAAUGCCUCAGGAGCCCCGAAAAUCCGAGCGAAAGUCACUGCCCCCUUUAUCACCUGGCCCAAUUCUGGACAUUUCGGACGAUGAAUUGGUGUCAAUUUCCGUGCGAGACUUGAACCGACAACUCAAAUUGAGGGGCUUGUCUCGGGAAGACAUUGUGCGUAUGAAGCAAAGAAGGCGCACUUUGAAAAAUCGUGGGUAUGCAGCCUCCUGCCGCAUAAAACGCAUCGAACAGAAAGACGAACUAGAGACCGAAAAAACACAAGAGUGGCGCGACAUGGAGACCAUGCAAGAGGAAAUUAAACACAUGAAGGAUGAAAUGAGCAGCAUUCGCACCAGAUUUGAAGCUUUAAAAAAAUUCGCAAUCAACAACAAAAUCCCAAUCCCAACCGAAUUAGAGAAUUUGUAGUAGGUUUUAAUACAGUUUAUUAAUUAAAGGUACAAAAAUGAA